AUGGACCCAUCUAUACGCGAUUCCUACAUUCACGUUGGGCGCGAUACCGUUUUGCAGUCAUCGCCACUUAACAACAAGCAACUCCCCUUAUCAUCGUCCUAUUAUGCAGAAGCAGACCGUGCACCUGGCGUGGCGCGUUAUGCAGGACUUGGGGACGCGCAUAGGCGCCAAGAAGAUCACCGUGUGCACUACAGCCAACGAAAGAAGGCGGUCAUCGUUGGUAUCGUCGCAUUGAUCGUUGCUGCCGUCUGCGUGGCAGUCGUCGUGCCCGUAACUGAGCACUUUCUUAACAAACCAGAUACUUCUUCCGAGCCGGGAGGUAUCGUCGACAAGGAUGGAAAUGUGGUCGCAACGACUGGGGGAAAUGGCAGCGUGAUCAUACUCGAAGAUGGGACAAAAUACACGUACAUCAAUCCUUUCGGCGGGACGUGGAACAGCGGUCUGCUGAACAAUUCAGCUCAAGCACAAUGGUACACUCCGCCGCUGUCAGAAGAAUUUCACUUUGGCGGCAAGCAAGGCAACCGGCGGAGACAGGGAAGCAGGGCAUCAGGUAGCUCGGAAAAUGGUAGUUCUGGUCGCAUCAUCGGCGUCAAUGUCGGCGGGUGGCUCGUUACGGAGCCAUUUAUCGUUCCUGCACUCUAUGAACCAUACGCAAAUGGCCCGAAUGCCGCGGUAGAUGAGUUCACUCUGUCUCAACAGUGGCUGAAAGAAGGCGGCCUAGCCAGACUGAAGCAAAAGCUGACCCAGCAUUACGAUACCUUCAUUACCGAGCGCGAUUUCGCGGAUAUCGCCUGCGCAGGCUUGAACUGGGUCCGUUUGCCCAUCGGCUUCUGGGCGCUCGAGACGAUUGACGACGAGCCGUUUUUGGAGGGUGUCAGCUGGCAGUACUUCCUCAAGGCCAUCCAAUGGGCGCGCAAAUACGGCCUUCGCAUCAACCUGGAUUUGCAUGCUGUACCCGGCAGCGCCAACUCUUUCAAUCAUGGGGGCAAGCUUGGACCCACGCCGCCUAGUACUGUCGGCAUUAAUUUCCUACAAGGUCCUGCAGGCCUUGUCAAUGCCCAACGUGCCCUCAAUUACAUUCGCAUCAUCACUGAGUUCAUCUCACAGCCCGAAAUCGCGCCCGUCGUUCCCAUGUUCACCGUAAUCAAUGAGCCGUAUCUUCCAACAGCCAUUGGAGUACCUGCGCUGUCUGCUUGGUAUGCCGAGCUAUAUUCAGAAAUCCGCAAUAACAUCACUGGCCUAGGAAAAGGUCAUGGACCGUUCAUUGGCAUGCACGACGGUUUCCUAGGUCUUCGACAGUGGGAAAAUUACAUGCCUGGGGCCGACCGAAUCGGCUGGGACGUGCAUCCAUACAUCGCUUUCGGACCAAAAUAUACUGAUGACUUCUCCAAAAUUGUCCCGGGCUUUUGCAACGCGUAUGGGCCUCAGAUAGACCGAGCUCUGGCGAACAACGGCCUAUCUUUCGCGGGGGAAUGGUCACCCGCUGUCAAUGACUGUGGAUUAUAUCUCAAUGGAGUCGGGCUUGGCACGCGAUAUGAAAAUACCUAUCAGGGUAAUGGUAAUGUCUACGGUAACUGUACCAAGUGGACAGAUUGGACAAAGUGGGAUGAAACUAUGAAGUCAAGCAUUCGACAAUUCGCGGAAGUCUCAAUGGAUUCAUUAAAGAACACUUUCUUCUGGAGUUGGAAGAUCGGCAACUCUUCCCAAUCUGGCCGAGUCGAGGCGCCCACAUGGUCUUAUCAGCUUGGCCUUCAGCAAGGCUGGCUACCAACCGACCCGUACCAUGCCGGCAGCAAUGCAUGCUCUUCGGCUGCAAGUUCAUAUUCUGCAAGCAUCGCAGCUACCACGAGCUGGUCAAGCACUUUUGAAGGAUGGAAGACAGGCGAUACGGCAGCUCCGUACACCGCAAAUCCAAGCGCAUAUCCUUGGCCACCUUCUUCCAUCUCUGGCGCAGGGGUGGCCGUUACCAACAUGCCAUCGUACACUCGCACUGGAUCAAUCUCUAAAGCACCACCGCCCGCAUGGACGGAGUCGCAAUCGCGGAAACCAAAUCCGACCAUCUCGAAUUGGGCCCAGAAAAGCGACAAUGCACCAAUGUACGUCAAAGUGAAAGGCUGCAGCUAUCAGCUAGAUCAGUACUCUGUUUCAGGCAUUCCAGGGUCGUGGCCUUGUUCUGGCAGCGCAAUGUCCAAGCGCAAAACCACUUCCAUCCCUACACCUACGACCACUUAG